UAUCGUGUGUGUGUGUAUGUGUGUCUGCCUGCAGCAAUUGCUCAGAUCUAUGGGGUCUAGGCUCAGGCCACACGAUAGAGCAGUGGGACUCCACAGGCAUGUACGGAUACCAUGACCACAGCAGGUCCCUGGACGGGCGUCUUCAGGUGUCUCAUCGCAAGGGCCUGCCCCACGUCAUCUACUGCCGCCUGUGGAGAUGGCCCGACCUCCACAGCCACCAUGAGCUGAGGGCCAUCGACUCCUGCCAGUUCGCCUUCAACCUCAAAAAGGAUGAAGUGUGUGUCAAUCCGUACCAUUACCAGAGAGUGGAGACGCCUGUGCUGCCUCCGGUGUUGGUGCCGCGCCACACGGAGAUUCUCACCGAGCUUCCUCCUCUAGACGACUUUACGAACUCCAUCCCCGAAAACACCAACUUCCCCGUCGGCAUAGACCCUCCUAAUAACUAUAUACCAGAGACUCCUCCUCCUGGCUACAUCAGUGAAGAUGGAGAAAACAGCGACCAACAGAUGAAUCAAAUCUCACCUGCAGAAAUGUCACCCGGCGCCUUGUCACCUGACCUCUUGUCACCUGUCAAUCACGCUCUGGACCUUCAGCCGGUUACCUACAGCGAACCAGCUUUCUGGUGCUCGAUAGCCUACUAUGAGCUGAACCAGCGGGUGGGAGAGACGUUCCACGCCUCACAGCCGUCUCUGACGGUCGAUGGCUUCACCGACCCCUCAAACUCUGAACGCUUCUGUCUCGGGCUUCUCAGCAAUGUCAACAGGAACGCAACCGUUGAAAUGACGAGGAGACAUAUAGGUCGCGGUGUACGGUUGUAUUACAUCGGAGGGGAGGUGUUUGCCGAGUGCCUCAGCGACAGCGCCAUUUUUGUCCAGAGUCCCAACUGCAACCAGCGAUACGGCUGGCACCCUGCCACAGUCUGCAAGAUACCGCCAGGGUGUAAUCUGAAGAUUUUUAACAACCAGGAGUUUGCUGCACUGCUGGCCCAGUCAGUCAAUCAGGGAUUUGAGGCCGUCUACCAACUAACCAGGAUGUGCACCAUCAGAAUGAGCUUCGUCAAGGGCUGGGGAGCAGAGUACAGACGUCAGACGGUAACCAGCACUCCCUGUUGGAUUGAGCUGCACCUCAAUGGCCCCCUCCAGUGGCUGGAUAAGGUGCUGACCCAGAUGGGUUCACCGUCGGUGCGCUGCUCCAGCAUGUCCUAAACGGGUUUCUGCUGCCGCCGCAAAGCCGAUCUGACAUUUCACAACAUCUGACCGGUAUGUCCUGAGGGAAGACCACCGUGCGGUCUUGAUCUGACGCACCAACAACAUUAUCAUAAAGAGGGGAGAGAAAGGGGGGGGAAAAAGGAUUACACAAUGGACCUGGAGGAUGGGAAGAUGACAUCGUCCCAUGGACAAUAGUGGAACGUGGACAUCGAUGUCACAGUGGGCCCGAUCACCUCUUGGCUCUGUUGGAUUAAAGUAACGAUGACAUUCCAGCAAUUGCGGACCUAAUAACCGAAACCACCCUGCAAUAUCAAACUGACGAGAGUGACGUCAUCACGGACCAGAUUCAUGUUUUUUUUGGUAUUUGACUGAGGCAAAGCAGGGCGGAGCUCAGUUACGCGACACCGGCUGUUUUUCGGGGAUUGAGCGUGUGACCUUCUAGCCACCGCGCAGUCUCUCCAACCACUAGCCGCCCCCUCCUAACUGCUUCACUACCUAUCUACCACAGCACAACUGUGAUUCAGCGUCAAGCUCUCUGUCGACCAACAGCAGUACUGCCGCUCCAGGCUCAUGUUUUUGACCAAAGUCAGCUCCACGCCGGGACGUUUUUUUUUUUUUCUUGGUUUUGGUCGACCAAAACUUCCAUUCCAUUUCUACCUGAGAUUUUCACUUUCCCCUUGCAUUUCUCCUAAUCGGUCCUGUGACGGCGUGAACGGCAGACCUGACUACGCUGGACCGACGGUGUUCAGCUCUGGAAGGGAGGGGGGGGGGGACCACCGGGGAGGAGAGCAUGUUGUCUAUAAUUAAUAUCACAUACCCCGUCUUCAUACACCGUAACACAAGACGGACCAAGUCAUUUCCUCUGCAUGCGCAUUAAAUCAGUUGGUCCCGUUCGAGCGUGAGUGUGCAGCGGUGUUGAUGUUUUGAGUGAGGAAACAGCUGCUAGCCAGCACAGAUAACUGGAAUAAGUCAUUCUCAUAGCAAGAGUGUCGGACACGUCCCUCCUCUGGAACUUCGUACAAUCAUUGAACUUGUUUUCCGACUGUAAUAAAGGCGCACAAAGUUAGCCACGGUUAACUGGUUUUUGAGGCCCAAAACUUUGCUCUGAAUCUUGCCCCCCCCCCCUGCACGCUCUUACACUCUCUCUCUUACAUUCUCUUCAUUAACUUUUUACUAUUAUAUCAUCUUGCUUAUGAAGGAGAGGUGUAUGUCGAGGACUUGGCAUAAAUGCAGUUCAACGAAUCUCAAUGUCGCCCCCUGCUGUCUAAAAGAAGGCGAUAUGAACUCCCAUCACUUGAGGUUUCACUGGUGUAGACGUGGCGCGAGUCUCUCUUGAUUAUAUGCUUGGAAUGAUGCAUGGUUUCCCCCCAAUAUUGGCAUUUUAUUGAUAGGAAAACGAGUCCUGCAGGGACUUAAAAUGGCUUCUGCGCUGUACUUGCACUGCCCCCAAAUUAUGCACACUUAUUGCUCCGAGAAAGUUGCCUUUGAUGUAAAGAUACAGCGAGAUAUGCUUCAAAAUGUACAGAGAGGAAUGUUGGAAAAAGCCCAAUUGAAAUCGAGACAACUACAAAAAGAUAUCUUCCGUAUUUUUUAAAGAAUGUUCACUAUAAAGAGUUUUUCCUUCCGUAUAUUGUCUGAAUUGGCUUAUUAAAGAGCAUUCAUUUGAUUUUUAAUAAAAUGUCUUGCCCCGAUCUAAAAAGCCAGCUGGUACCUACGCCGGUAUUUAAGCGUCCAAAUCGUUAGUAUUUAAGCUUUAAGUAUUUGACAAGCUAGUAUUUUCUUUACACAUUGUUUAAGCUACAUUUUUGUAUUUUCAUGUAUUUUUUAUAUAUGGAUAUAUUUAAGAUCUUCAAACCUUUCUUCCUUUUUAUUAGAAUUCAAUAUUUUUUUAGAAUAUGCCCCUCCGUUCGAAACGACCACAGCUUGAUGAUUUAUGAAGUAUGUACCAUAAGAUUGAACACUUUCCCAAUGUCCAGAAUGUUGAGACUGAGAGACCAAGUGAUCAUAAAUACCAUGCUCCAUACCAUACUAAAACAGUAAAAGUGGCCGGUGAACUUGAGCUAUUAUAGCUGGUGAAAAGGGUGUUUUUUUUUUUUUUUUUAUGGGUGUGACCCAAAUGAUGAUAGUGCUGUCCCAAAGACUGAAUGCAUGUAGUUACAGUGUGUCCUUUACACUGCACAUCCACUGCGUCAUAAACCUAAGCGCUGAUGGAAACAUCCAGUUUUCCAGCGUAAAAUGUAAUUGGCUCGACCGAUUGUUGGAUAACAAAUCAAGAUACCUGUUAAAAAACAUACAAACUAAAUUAUAACUCAGACUUUUUCGAGGUAUUGGGAUUUAAUCCAGCAGCUGGGCUGCAGUUAUAUUUUCUGUUAUCAAAGCAGAGUUCUGUCUCACUUUAGCGACACGGGACGUCCCAACAUGCAGUGUAAACUCUGCAUACGUUUCAUUCUCAUGACUCCUGAUGUACGACAGUACACGUUUAAUUACAGCGAGCGUGUUUAUGUGCACACAUGAUAUUAGACAGUGGUCUUGACUUGGUGCUCAGUAGUAAUGCAUGUAAACACAUUGACAUUUUCUCCAAAAUGACACUUCACCGAAGGUUUAGUUCAUCAUCCGUUGGCUGAGAUGAGGAGUCCAGAAACCCUGGUGUUUAUUCAAACGUAUCGUCCGCAUCCUGCAGAGACGUAACGAUUCAAGAUCUGUGUUUGAUACACACUUGAUGGAUGACCACAGAAAAUCAUGAAGUAUACUGCUUUUUAGGAAAACCCUUUUCUUCAUUCAUCGAGCAUCUGUCAAAUUUGUGUCACCUGUAAGCAGACUUGAGACGAGCCCAACCAGUGUUUGUCUCUCUGUAUGUGUAUCUGUCCGUCUGUCCUGUCUUUUUGCUGGUCUGUCUUUUUGUCUUUUUUCGUUUAUUAGGGAAACAGUUGACUCUGCCAAGGUUGGUGCACAUGCAAUGAAAAUACAGUGUUACCUUUUUAAGGUUGUUGCAUCACUGCUGACCCACAUAUUUGUUCUAUGCAGUGGCAUCAAAUAGUUUGGACGAUGUAUUCAAACCUGUUUUCUGAUGGUUGGAUACGCUGUUUUAUGAAUAUUGCCAGGGUCCAACAAAAGCCUUUGUAUCAACUGUUUUUUUUGUUAGUUUAAACGAGUGCCACCAACAUUGCACAUUGGACAAUUCUGUUUUGGAGACGGACGAUGAGACCAAAUUGGGUUUCAUGUAGGCCACAUCUACAUAUUUUGAGGGUCCACAUUUACAGAUUCCAUGUUUUCUUUUUUUCUUAUUGUGACAAUUGUGUAUCCCCAAACAAGCCUCUUUCUGAUGAAUUCUUAAGAAGGUUGCUUGUUGGAGAAAAGUGAAGUUUCUACAUGUCACUGGUGAUGCUAUUGUAUAGAUGUACUUUUUAUUUUACCGUACAUGCUGUUCCUUUUUUCUUGCUAUCAACGGAGCGUAUUCCAUUAGACAACGGGCUGUUAGGAUUUCGGUCUUCUUCAAACAUUGAGGACGAUCUUCAUAUAGGCUUUUCAACUAGUCUACAUAUACACACAACUUCUUACAGUGUACACUAAUAAAGCUGUUUUAAUUCAA